AUGAGGUUUCAAUCUUUUGUUGCAAGUGCUUUGUGCGCAUCCGUUAGUUUGGGGGCGGUCGUCAAGCGCGAACAGUUUUCGCAAGGCCAACCGAUUGACGACAAGGGCAAAGGAGCUCCAAUCUUGGGUGGCACUGACCGUCAAAUCGACCUCGCCAAUCCUUCAAACUUGGGCCAGCAGAGCACCGACUCCGGCACCGUACCCAAUCUCAAGUGGCGCUUUGGUGAUUCCAAAACCAAAAUCUAUCCAGGUGGAUGGGUCCGCGAACAAGUCGAUAACGACUUGCCUGUCAGCCACGACAUCGCCGCUGCUCAGCAGCAUUUGAAAAAGGGCGCAAUUCGUGAAUUGCACUGGCACCGCGUAGCAGAGUGGGGCCAGGUCCUCUUCGGCCGCGUCCUCGUCUCCGCCGUUGAUGAGAACGGGCGCCACCAAGUUACCGAGCUCGGCUUCGGCGACAUCUGGUACUUUCCCAAGGGCCAGGCACAUACCGUGCAAGGUCUCGAUGACGAGAAUGAAUAUCUGCUCGCGUUUGACGAUGCGGAUUUCGACAGAGCUGGUACAACGUUCAAUCUCGACGACUGGCUGGCAAAGACUCCCAAAUCUAUCCUGGCCAAGUCGUUUGGUCUACCGGAAUCAGUUUUUGCCAGUAUUCCGAGCCCGAACCCGUAUAUUUUGAAUUCUACGGCGAAGAAGGGAUCGAAUUACACCGUCACUGGUGGUAACGGUGAACUGACUGGCGACGCAAGCUAUGUAUACCGCACAUUCAAGCACGCACCAGAGCCCGCACCGGGCGGCGGUGGACAGUGGUGGAAGAUCGACUCGACGAAUUUCCCAAUUGCGAAGACGAUUGCGAGCACCUAUGUUGUCAUUGAGCCCAAGGGCGUUAGGGAGUUGCACUGGCAUCCUACUUCUGAGGAGUGGCUUUACUUCCACUCGGGCACUGCGCGCGCCACAGUAUUCACCGGAAACGCCAACUCACGGACUUUUGACUUCAAGAGCGGAGAUACAGCCGUGUUUCCUGACAACUCUGGUCAUUACAUCGAAAACACAUCCGACACGCAGAAUCUGACGUUCAUCGAGAUCUACAAGUCGGAGCGCGUGGCUGAUGUUUCGCUCACGCAAUGGCUUGCGCUCACGCCUGCGGACAUCGUGGCUGAUGUGCUGAAGAUCCCGAUUAGUGUUGUGCUGGGGCUGAAAAAGGAGAAGCAAGUUAUCGUGCAUGGAAAGCAGUAAUUUGUAGUUGCGUCCAUUGGAAAGUUACUGAAAGAUGGAGCUUCGUACCUUUGAGUCGAAUAAUUCGAGUGAUUAGCUACA